AUGGCCUCCCACAAGAUGAUCAAUUACCGGAUGCGCGUGACAUUGAACGAUGGACGCCAAAUGACAGGUUCCAUGCUUGCCUUCGAUAAGCACAUGAACCUUGUUCUUGCCGACACAGAAGAGUUCCGUCGCAUUAAGCGGAAGUCUAAGCCCCAAGCCGGUCCCGCGAACGCCCCGCUGGUCGAAGCGGAAGAGAAGCGAAGCCUGGGCCUGACCAUUGUGCGCGGAGCCCAAGUUGUCUCUUGCUCUGUCGAUGGACCCCCUCCUGCGGAUCCCUCUGCGCGACUUGGUACUGCCGGACCUGGCGCCGCUGCCACUCUUGCCGCGGGCCCUGGUAUCAGCAAGCCCGCUGGUCGGGGUCUGCCCGUUGGACUUGGAGGCCCUGCAGCCGGUAUUGGUGGUCCCCCACCUCCUGGAGGCUUUGGAUUCCCUCCUCCUGGUGGUUUCCCCGGUGCCCCUCCUCCCGGCUUCGCUGGACGUGGAGGUCCCCCUGGUGGACCCCCCGCCGGUUUCCAACCUCCUCCGGGCUUCCAGCCUCCCCCUCAGGGACGUGGUUACCCGCCUCCUGGAUUUGGUGGCAGGUAA